GUCGUAGCUACCUUAAACCUUGCCUUAGACCGGCUCGCCUGCUUUGCCGGUAGCAUUGGCAAAUGGGAUUGCGUCCUGCAAAUCUGGCGUAAGAGCCUUAAAGACAACACAGCAACCUUCUUCGAAUUCAACCCGAUGUGCUUUAACGUCGGACUUCUAACCAACCUUGCCUACGCUCUUCUCUCUCACAGCUAUGUACACCCAUUAACGGCUGUUCAAACGUACGGUAUAUCCCUCAGUACCCCUCAGUAUCCCUUGGAUCAACUACGAUCCAAUCCUUCGCUCGUUCAUUUUCACCCACUCCUUCACCCUCACCCUCACCCUCACCCUCCACUUCGCAAACCCAAGCCCCAAGAAGAACGGGACCGAUCAUUAUAUUAGACCUGGACUUAUUAUCCCCGCUACCCGCUACCCGUCACCCGAACUCCGUCAAACACGCCAAAACACGUCAAACAACUUAUACCUAUUA